AAAGUAAUUUCGCAAAGCCGAUUGUCAAAUUCAGCGCAAAAAAGCCUAGGCCUAGUUCAAUUGCAUUGAAAUUUCUUAAAAUUCUUCCGUUAUUUCUAGUUAAAAAUUAGAAAAGUAACAUACACAUUGUUGUGCUAACUUUCAGUUUUUCUUUCCUCAGGCCUGAAUCACCCGCCCCAACGCCUCCUGUCUUAAGAUUUUUGCGUACUUAUUUGAAGCUGACAUUCCUCUCUACCUCGUCUUUCGAAAGUUAAAUUUUGUUCGUCUAUCCAAUUAGAAAUCGAACGUAUUAAAAUUAACAUCUUAAAGAAGGAAAACAACAACAAAACGAAAGUAUGUCUCAAUUGAAUACACCCGAAAAAGAUGCGGCUGGUAAGCCCCCCACUAACCGGCAACAAAGUACCCACAGCCCGAAUUUAACAUUGCAGCUUCCCAGUCCUAUCAUAACCAAGCGCACACGCACUGCUUCAACGUCCGCUCGCGCUUUGGAAAAUCCUAUUGAAACCGGUAUUGUUAAGGCGUUUAGUCGUUCGAAGGGACAUGGGUUCAUUACACCCAAAUCAGGAGGUGAUGAUCUCUUCUGUCAUGUAUCUGAUAUUGAUGGUGAAUAUGUGCCACAACAAGGUGAUGAAGUAAGGUACCGUCUGUGUGCAAUUCCGCCUAAAUUCGAAAAACACCAAGCAGUACAUGUACAAAUCAUCAACUUAACACCAGAAGUGCAUCAUAAGUGGGAGGAGCCCGUUUUCCCCGACUCGCCUGCUCAGUAAAAUGUUGCUGAAGUCACAAUUUAUUAAUUGUACACACUUUUCAUGUCACAAAAACCCUUAGCCAGUGGUAAUAAUAAGUGUAUAGUUAAAUCUUUCUUAGAAAUACCUAAAUUUGCCAUUAAAAUAGGAGUCUAACAAAUUUUAUAUGAGCAGACCACACAUUUAAAAAUUAACAUCUUUACACAUUUUACAACAACAAUAAGAGCAAGAGUAGUAAUAAUACAGCGAAAAUAAUUGAAAUUCAAAAGAAACCUAAUAGGCUGCAGGGAACUUUGCACACAUACUUUAGCACAUUUUUUACAAAUUAUAGGAAAUAUAUUAAUUGCGACCGGAACGUCUGCAAUAUGAAAUUUAAUCGCUCUUAUUCUCAAGAAAAUCCCGUUUUAAAAAUAAGAAAAUCAAAUUGUUGUUUGCUUAGCUAACCCGUAUCACAUUCAUAUCGUUUAUUGUAAAUAUGCGAUAUGAGUCAUGGUAUACAAGUGUUGUUUAUGUGCAACAUUGAAAUUAUAAUUAAGCGUCAAUAGCCAGAGGCAAUUGCGUCUAGUAUACACGUGAAAAAGUCGUAUCAGCGCAACAACAAAGUCGUUUAAGUAAACAAAUAAAAGGAAGAUUGGCAAGGUUAACUUUGCUUUUAUUCGCUGCUACUGGAUCUGUGGUUAUAUGAUAGUAUCGGUUGCUGCCAUUUUAAAUCUUGUUUUAUCAAAUUGAUCGUAGAAUCGAUCAAUAUUUCAAAUAACUUUUAACUGAUUUUAAAUUGAAUAUCCUCUGUUACUCUGUUAAAUAAAGUAAAUACUUUUAAUAUUAAUACAAAAUAUAUAAAUCACUUGCAUUAAAGUAA